AAUACUAUGUUAAAUCGGAUCACUUAGUGAGUAGUUCAUUCGUGCAAGCAGUCCAGAGAAAAACCACCCCAAAAACCUUAAGCUCUACCAUUGACGCAUUUUUUGUUCCAUCUACGGAUGCUUAAUCACAACUAGAUCUGGUUUUUCUCUAUCCCCUCUUCCACACUAAACUAGAUUUUCGGCAAUGGCGGCACAUCUCAAUUCGUUUCUCUCAUUCUUACUACUACUUCACAUCACUUCAGCUUAUGCCGAUUCUAUUUAUGGAUGUGGCGGAUUUGUAGAGGCGAGUUCGAGCUUGAUCAAGUCGAGGAAUCCGGGAGAUGCGAAAUUGGAUUACUCUCAUAUCACGGUUGAGCUUCAAACUCUGGAUGGGCUGGUUAAAGACAGGACUCAGUGUGCUCCUAAUGGCUACUAUUUUAUACCUGUUUAUGACAAGGGAUCCUUCAUAGUUAAGGUGCAAGGGCCUAAAGGAUGGUCAUGGGAUCCAGAAAAGGUUCCUGUUGUUGUUGACGGCAAGGGAUGUAAUGCAAAUGAAGAUAUCAACUUUCGGUUCACAGGGUUUUCUUUAUCGGGUAGAGUUCUAGGGGCUGUUGGUGGCCAGAGUUGUCCAUUGAAAAAUGGAGGUCCAUCAAAUGUAGCUGUAGAGCUUCUAUCUUCAUCUGGUGAUCUCAUUUCUACGGCAUUGACAUCAACAUCUGGAGAUUACUUUUUCAAGAAUAUAACUCCUGGGAAGUACAGAUUGCAAGCUUCCCACCCUGAUAUGAAUGUAGAAGUUAUAGGUUCUACUGAGGUAGAGUUGGGGUUUGAGAACGGUGUCAUCGGCGAUAUUUUCUCUGUUCCAGGGUAUGAAAUUCGCGGCCAUGUCGUAGCUCAGGGAAAUCCGAUCUUGGGAGUUCAGAUUUAUUUAUAUUCAGAUGAUGUUCUGGAAGUUGAAUGUCCCCAGGGCGCUGGUCAUGGUCCAGGGCAAAGAAACGCUCUUUGUCAUUCUGUAUCUGAUGCAGAUGGAAAGUUCACAUUCAAAUCUAUUCCGUGUGGGGUUUAUGAGCUAGUUCCUUAUUAUAAGGGUGAAAACACAGUUUUUGACGUAUCACCACCUACUGUGGCUAUCGCUGUCGAGCAUUCUCAUGUUACUGUACCACAAAAGUUUCAGGUGACUGGAUUCUCAAUUGGCGGCAGAGUGGUGGAUGGGACUGGUGCUGGAGUAGAUGGUGCUAAAGUUUUAGUAGAUGGUCAAGAGAGAUCUGUCACUGAUGAAAAUGGAUAUUACAAGCUUGAUCAGGUUACUUCUAACCGUUAUGCCAUAGAAGCUAAUAAGAAGCAUUACAAGUUUGAAACUUUGAGGGAUUUCCUAGUUCUACCCAAUAUGGCUUCUAUUCCUGAUAUCAGAGCUGUGUCUUAUGAUGUCUGUGGUUUCGUGCGAAUAGCUGAAGCUGGCUAUAAGGCUAAGGUAGCUUUAACCCAUGGACCCGAGAGCGUUAAACCUCAAGUGACCCAGGCAGAUGAAAAUGGAAAAUUCUGUUUUCAGGUUCCACCAGGUGACUACCGUUUGUCUGCCUUGGCAUCUUCCCCUGAGAAUACUCCAGAAAUCGUGUUUUUGCCUCCUUAUACUGAUGUCAGCAUUAGAAGUCCAAUCCUGAAUAUUGAAUUUUCUCAGGCACAAGUAAAUAUUUAUGGAGAGGUUGUGUGUAAGGAGAAAUGUGGCUCAUCUAUUUCCAUCACACUAGUGAGAUUAGGUACAAAAAGUAACAAGAGGAUGGUCAGGUUGACUGAUGAGAAUAACAAGUUCACCUUUUCAAAUGUCUUCCCUGGAAAGUACAGGAUUGAGGCCAAGUAUGCUCCUUCUGAUUCCCUGGAGGCAGAUAGAUGGUGUUGGGAGCAUAGCUCUACUGAUGUCGUUGUUGGUACAGAGGAUCUUGAAGGGAUAGUGUUUUCUCAGAAAGGUUACUGGCUUGAUGUCACUUCUUCACAUGAUGUAGAUGCUCGGUUGAUCCAGCCAGAAGGAGAGCCUGUACUUAUAAAAAUUAAGAAAGGAUCUCAACGCUUUUGUGUGGAGUCGCCUGGGAUUAAUAAAUUAGAGUUUGUCAACACUUGCAUUUUCUUUGGGAGCUCUUCCAUUGAUAUUGAUACAGGAAAUCUAACGCCUGUUUAUUUGAAAGCAGAAAAAUAUCUUUUGAAAGGACAAAUAAGUGUUGAUCGUACCUCAGUUACACCAAUUAAUCUUCCAGAGAGCAUUUUAAUUGAUGUCUUAGACAAUGGAAAUAGUGUUGACGGGACAAUUGCCAGACUUGUACCAAAUCAAAAUGAAGACUCAAAUGUUUUUGUGUAUGAAUAUUCUAUGUGGGUUAAUCGUGGGGCGAAAAUCACUUUAAUUCCAAGUGACUCAAGAACCUUGACUUCAACCGCAGCUUCAAGCACAAAUGGAAUAAAAAAGAUUUUGUUCUACCCUAGACAACAUCAGAUCUCAGUUUCACAUGAUGGUUGUCAGAACUCUGUUCCUUUGUUUACUGGCCGCUCGGGCCUUUAUAUUGAAGGAUCUGUCUCUCCCUCAAUUUCUGGUGUAACUGUCAGGAUUGUGGCUGAUGGAGACAGCCAAAAUGCUCUACUUAAGAAAGGUGAAAUUGCUCUUGAAACAUCAACUGGACCUGAUGGUAUCUUCAUAGCUGGCCCUUUGUAUGAUGACAUAAGUUACAACAUUGAAGCUUCUAAGCCUGGCUAUCAUUUAAAAUUUGUUGGGCCUAAUUUCUUUUCCUGCCAGAAGCUUGGUCAAAUUUAUGUACACAUACACUCUAAUGAAGUCACUGAAGAGCCUUUUCCUUCAGCUUUAUUGUCCUUAAGCGGCGAUGAUGGUUACAGAAACAACUCCAUUACAGGAGUUGGUGGAUAUUUUACUUUUGAGAAUUUAUUUCCUGGUAGUUUCUAUCUCCGUCCUUUGCUAAAGGAAUAUGCUUUCUCUCCUCGUGCACAACCAAUUGAACUUGGAUCUGGGGAGUCUAAAGAAGUUGUCUUUGAGGCUACUCGUGUUGCUUACAGUGCUAUGGGUGUGGUGACUUUGUUGUCCGGACAACCUAAGGAGGGUAUUCCAAUUGAGGCACGCGCAGAGUCAAAAGGCUACUUUGAGGAAACAACUACUGAUUCAUCUGGAUUCUACCGAUUGCGUGGACUUCUCCCAGACACAACCUAUGUGAUCAAGGUAGCUAAAAGGAGUGAUUUGUCCAGUGCUGGGAUUGAGCGUGCAUCUCCAGAAUCUAUUACUGUGAAUGUUGGCUCUGAGGAUAUCAAGGGGCUGGAUUUUGUAGUUUUUGAAGAGCCUGAGCAAAGUAUUUUGAGUUGCCAUGUUGAGGGUGAAAUUAUUGCGGAAUUAGAUUCACAUCUUUUCGUGGAGGUUAAGUCAGGAAUUGAGCCAUCUAAGGUUGAGUCUUCCUUCCCUCUGCCACUAUCUCGCUUCUUCCAGGUUAAAGAUUUGCCCAAGGGUAAGCACCUGCUGCGGCUUCGAUCAAAUCUCCCAUCAAGCAGCUAUAAAUUUAUUUCCGACGUAAUUGAGGUCGACUUAGAAAAGCAUAGACACGUUCAUGUUGGCCCUCUUCGAUACAGAAUAGAAGAGGAUAUUCAAACACAGGAAUUAACAGCAGCCCCAGUUUUUCCUCUUGUAGUUGGAGUUUCAGUUAUACUUCUUUUUAUGACUAUGCCACGAUUAAAAGAUUUGGUCUCAGGCAUAGUCGUGUCAGGACCCACUUUUACGGCAAAAAAAGAACCAAGGAAGCCAGUUCUACGCAAAAAGACGUACUGAGAUAUCCUCGGACUUUGAAUAGUAAGUGAAGUACAGUUCACAAGAUUGAUAUCACGAAUUGAUGAAGAGCUGAAUUGUGUGAGACCGAAACAGUGGACGAGCUCCUCGAAGAAAGAACUUAGGUACACAAAUAUGGCUUCUGCAUAAGUUGUAGAAGCCGAUCAGGUGGACAUUCUUUGUAACGUAACUUAUUCCUCUCAGCGAUUUUGCCUACAAGAUAUCUUAGAGUUUAUAUGACAUGACGCCUAGGCCACAGCCACAAUGUUGACUCGAUCCGAUGCUUAUUGUUUGACCAUGAUGUUUAGUUGUGGGCUCCACAAUUUUCCGAUCAAAUGCAAUUCCUUUUAAUCAGUUGUACGCUUCGAUCGAUACUUAUCUUGCUUGAGAUAAUACAAUGAAUAAAUCAGAAACCACUGUCGAGGAUUAGAUGAUGUGCAUUAGUUUUGGCUGGCAGGUUUUGUGCUUACGGAUUUAACUGUUACUACAGUUUUAGAUUCUUAGAUAAACAAUGAGUUUUUAUUGGUGGGAA